CGUCUACAAAACCCGAAUACCACCCUAGAAGAUUUACUUUCAAUACAUUGCAUAGUCUUUUGAAGAUACGUUCGAUAAAACUAAAAAAUUUAACUGUACCUUUAUACUAAACGCUAGCGGGGAUGUAUUUUCUUUAAAAUUUGACAUGCGUGUAUCUCCAACAGCAGAAAAUGUGUUUCAGGACACUUCGUCACACUACACGGUUGACCAAAAACAUGACACUUCUAAAAGUGACUUUAAUUUGAACGAAAAUAAUGAAGACGACAUUUUAGUUGACGAUGAAGGAUCCGAUGAAACAGAAUACAAUUCAGCUGAAGAACCCCCAUUGGACAUUAUUGAUAAUGAAAACGAAAAGGAUGAUUCGAUGAAUGAUUAUACGCUUUCUCCAGAGAAAAAACAAUCAGAAAGCUUCAACGACAAGAAUUAUUCGAAUGGCAUUGAUUCAAACCGAUUAGACUCGACAAAACCCGAGCACAGCGUCAGGGACGAAGCAGAACACUCAAAGGAAGAACGUGAAGCAGAACCUGUAAAACGUGGACGUGGACGCCCACGAAAAUACCCGCUUAAUAAUCCUCAGGAGAAUGGUCCCGUCAUCAAAAGAAAAAGAGGAAGGCCGCGAAAGACUGCACAAGGUUCCGAAAAUAACGAUGCUAUUCAUGAAAGACGUAACCGUGGAAGGCCUCCAUUAAAAAGAGGGACUGAGGUUUGGACGACGGUAAAUGAAGAGAAUUCAGAAGAAAAGUCGGUUCAUGACGGUAUGCAUGAGUUUAAUGCUGAUGGAGGUGGAUCUGACUCAACCGUUGAUUUAAAUAUGUUUUCUCCAGAAGAAAAGAAAGUUCGUCAUUCCCCUAACAAACAGGAAGAACGGGAUUCUUUGUUUCCGGUUGCAGGUACAAGAAAAAGUGAAAGAGUGUCCAAGAAACAACCAUUUGUCGAGAUCAUAAAUCGCCCAGGGGCCGAACAGCCCAAACGCGGUCGCGGAAGACCACGAAAAAUACAGCCUUUGGAUCCUGCUUCUGACGAUUCUAACGAAGAUGAUGAUAAUACUGAGGACGAUGAGACCGAAGAAGAUCUUGAGUUUGGGGAAAAUCCAAAGACUUCGCCGAUAAAUAAGCAAGAAUGGUGGAAUAAUGCUCUAGAUCAACCGAAUACCAACGAUAUGAAUAUCAGACAUCCCGAUAUUCCUCUUAAACAGGAACCCUUGCGUAUUCCUACCAUGACAUACUCAGAUGUUCACUCUGUUCAGCCCUCUACGCCCUCUUCUCCAUCUUCAUCUUCUACCUCUUCUCCCCCUGCUACACCUUCAUUCAAAACACCAAACCCUCCCACGAAUAUAUUAAUGCCUUCCAGGAAUCAGAACUCAAUUCCUGAGAGUCCCUUGACAUAUGGUCUACCUAGAAAAGCGACUUUUCAACUUAGCGUAGUUUCUCCAAGAAAGCCGAAACCCGUUUCGACUCCCAAAGAAAUCACAAACAAUCUCAUAUCUGAGUUAGGUCUUGAUAAACUCGACGCUGAGUUACGAAUCUUUAAAACAACUGUUACUAGCAGAUUUACGGGAAAGGCAAGCAUUCCACUUAUAGGUCAUGAAGAAGAAAAAUCUAAACUUUAUCGUUGGAUGCAACAGACUGUUGUACUAGGUGAGGGAAAUUCUGUUAUAAUCGUGGGUCCAAGAAGUUCUGGAAAAUCAUUAUUGGUUGAAAGCGUCCUUCAGAAAGCUAGAGCUGAAUUACCCGAAUCUUUUUACACUGUUCGACUAAACGGAACUUAUUUGCACGAUGACAAAGUAGCUCUCAGAGAAAUUUCACGUCAGCUCUCAGUUGAAUUAGAAUCUUUAGAUUCAGAAGAUGCCAUUCGCUCUGAAAGUAGUUUCGCAGACACUUUAACAAGACUUCUGGCUACCCUAUCGCACCCUGCAGAUUUGGGAAUUACGAAGGAUGGGUUGACGACUUCUGCAUCCGUUGUAUUUAUUCUAGAAGAGUUCGAUCUAUUUGUGCAACAUCCACGGCAAAUGUUAUUAUACAACCUGUUUGAUAUUGCACAGUCGAGGAAGGCUCCGAUCUUAGUGAUAGGAUUAACUGCUCGGUAUGAUUGCUUUGAAUCCCUUGAGAAGCGUGUUAAAAGUCGAUUUAGCCAUAUGGUUAUCCAUACUCCUCCUCCUUCCUCAUUACAGGAAUUUUUGAAAAUCUACCGAAGUGUUCUUACUAUAAAAGAUGAAGAACCCAUAUCAAAGCUAAGGCUUGAGUGGAAUAACCGAGUGAAUGACUUACUAUCGGAUUCAUCUAGUAAUAUGCACAAAUUAGUACAGUAUCAUUAUUAUUCCAGCAGAAAUUUACGAAUGCUAUACGUCGAUUCCUUAAUUCCCGUUACGUCUAGAUCGCCAUCGCAGCCGCUUCUAAAUGACAGUGAUUUCCAAAGGUUUAACUUGAGGGUGUCUGAUCAUAAGGUUGAGCUUGUUAAAAACUUGAGUCUGCUAGAACUGGCACUCUUGAUAUGUACCAUCAGAUUUGAAAAUAGAGAUAUUCCGGCCUGUAACUUCAAUAGUGUUUAUCAAGAAUAUCGUCACCUGCACCAACGUACCGUGUUAGAUGCGGUGGCUUCUGGAGCUCUUGUACAUAGCUUUCGACUUUGGGGAAGAGAUGUUGCUUUAGAAGCAUGGGAAAAAUUGGCUUCGGUGGGAUUGAUAGUUUCUUUGCAGCCGAAUUCAGAAAUUAGUGGUGCUUUAUCGAGGGAAUGUCAACUAUGGCAACCAGAAGUUGAUCUUUCUGUUAUUACUGCAGCUUUACGUGAACACAAAAGGCUACCUUCUCAUUACUACCGUUGGUUAAAGGAUAUUGCCUAAGAGGUAUAUGUUUAGGUGUUUUUGCGGUUUGGCCUGAAAUUGGCUAUCUCAAAAUUCAAUGUAAAAAAUCGUGCAUGCGAUUAUGAGGUUAUAAAGGAUUCAUUUAAAUUAAGUUAUAUUAGGUUCUCUCUAUUCUUUAAGGGUUAUUUAUCAGUUAUUGUAUAAUUAUUUUUGUAUAUAAGUAUCAAGAAUAAAUAAAUUCAUUCCAUGAAUGAUUAUUUUUUUUCCUUUAAA